AUGGACGAUAAGAAGCGGUCUUUGGAUGUUGUUCAACUAUCUUCUCAUGAGCCUGUGCCGAAAAAACAGAUUUUUGAACAUACGUCGCGUACUAUUCAGCCUGAAAUAGAAGAUUUUCAAAAGGAAGCUAUAUGGAGACGUAUGCAAGAAUAUAAACGAGAGGCAAUUCGAACGAAAGAGCAGCUAGAACAACUAGAAAAGACUGCAAUGUAUCAUGAUGAUCAUUUAAGAGCAAUUGAUGCAUGCUUUAACGAAUUUUUGAAUGAAAUAUAUAUAUAUUCAGGAGCAAAACCGGAAUUAGAACCAUGGAUGUCAAAUAUAAUGGAUAUUUCAACGUUGUUAUUUGCAAAUGAUGUGACGUUUUAUUCUCAUUUGAAUGAUAAAAAGGAUAAAAUUAUGAAUAGUGUUGUUUCGGUGCUAAAUUUCAUUAAAACAUCACUCGUUGAAGAUGUUGAUAUGGAAAGAAUUAAGAAGCAUGCAGCUAAACUAUCGUCUGAUCUAGAAAUAGCAAAAUCUCAUAUUGUGAAAUUAAAAUUAGAUAAAGAAGAUAAUAAAAAAAAACUAGAAGAUAUGGUUUAUCAAAUAAUAUCUUUAGAAAAAAAAUUAGAUCGGCAAAAAAGUAUUACAUUGUCUAAGAUAGAACUAAAUGCUAUGAAAAAAGUGCCGGAAGUAAGUAAUAAUGAUGAACAUAUGGAAGUAAUAAAAGUGUCUAAAUUAGAAGAUAAUAAAUCGAACUCAAAUAUUCUAACUAUUGAGGCGGAACUGCGUGAAAUGAAUGCCAUUAAUGAAAAAAGAUUAUCUGAAAUAUCCAAAAUGAAUUCUCAAAAUAGUGAGUUACGUGAACAAUUAAUAAAUCUUCAGUUGAAGCUAAAAAAUUUGGGUGAGGAAGAUAUUUUACAUUCUGAUGCGUAUUGUUUUUUAAAAACCAAAUUUGAACAUUGUGCUGGAAAGAUUAAAGAAAUAGAACCUGCAUAUGAAGCUCUUAAUAAAGAAGUUGAGAAAUUACGCUCUGAAAGAUUAGAAUUUAAAGAGGAACUUCUUAACGAACAAAGAAAUAUAAUUGCUGAUAUGAGAGAUCAGCUGGGUAAAGUAGAGCAGGAUCUUGCUCGUGUUAGGACUGUGCGAGAUGAGCUCAUUUCUCAACUUAAUGUCAAAAAAGCUACUGAGAUUGAGAAAUCUACUGCAAAAAAUGAACUUUUAGAUCUUUUAGAAACACGUAAUGCAAGAAUUAUUGUAUUAGAAAAGCAAGUUGAACGUCUUAAUUAUGAAAUUAAUCAAGAUACUAAAUUAGAAAAUAGUUUAAGUUCUGAUGAAUCUAAAGAACAACUUUUAAAACAAAUUGAGCGUUUACAAAAACAAAAUAAAAGUUUGAGCACUGAACUUUUAACUUUAGAACAAGCUUUUAAUAAAGCUCAUCAUCAAAGUUCUUUAAAAGUUAAUGAAAUUGUAGCAAAAGAAGACAAGUUUUAUCGUUUACAUGCAGAUAAAGCUAAGGCUGAUCAGAAAUAUUUUGAUGCUAUGAAAGCUAAAGAUAAAUUAACUAUUGAAAAUAAAGCACUAAAACAACAGAAUUCUAAAGCAGGUGAUAUUAUUAUUAAAUUACAAGAAUCUGAAAAAUGUACAACACAAAAAAUGAUAAAUAUAGAAAAGCAAAUUGCUGUUUUAAGGACAGCUAAUGAAGUACUCAUUUCAAAAACUCAAGAACUCCAAUUAAAAAUUGAUGAGAAAGAACAAAAUAUAAAAAAUAUUGGGCAACAAGUCUCUAUGUUAAAGCAGCACUUAAUAGAGCAAAAGAAUAUUACUUAUACAGAAAUAAAUGCUAAGAGAGUUGCAGAAGAAGAAAUUGAAAAACUUAAAAUGCAAAUUCGAAAAAACAAGAAUCAAGUUGCAGUUAAUGGUGAUAUAGAUGAAUUAAAAAUAUAUAGGGGCAUGGCUAAAUGCUCUGUAUGUGAAACUAGAUGGAAAAAUACAGCAAUAUCAUUAUGUGGACAUGUAUUUUGUAAGGAAUGUGUAAAUAAACGUAUAGAAACUCGGCAACGUCGCUGUCCUUCGUGUAAUCGGGGUUUUGGUUCUGGCGAUAUACUUCAAGUUCAUUUAUAA